AUGGCGUAUACACAACGUCUAGGGUCCAAAAGCCAACCAGGUGGCUAUCAAACACGAUUCUCUAGCAUGAUGUAUCCAGUGGAAGAGCAAAACCCGACAGAAGCGGCUUCACCUCGCCUCACGCAAGAGCAGCGCCCACUCCAAGAAACCCCUGAUCUGACACCCCGUACCGACAAGGAAAAAGCACAGCAAUAUUCGCACUCAACCCACCAAGACCCGGACCUUCACAAGCGAGUCAAGAAGAUCGAACAUUUCAUCAAGACGAUUACACAGGAUGGCUUCGCCGUUGUAUUGACCGAAAACGCGGCAUUACUGAGCGAAACAACAGCACUCAAAGGCAGGAUCCAGGAACUAGAGGGAACACUGGAGAACAUGAAAAAUCGCCUAGAUGAGUUGUGCAAGGAAAGGCAAGUUUCCACCAUUCAGAGCAAUCCUGCGCGCAAGAAACGGGCAGUGCCUCAGUGA